AUUGACGGUGUCGGUGAUCUCCUCUCCCAAUUUCCACUCUCUCUCCCCGAAAACCCAGACACACAUCGCUCAGAGAGAGAGAGAGACUAGAAGUUUCAUUCUUCCUUCAAUUUAUUCGAACAUUUCAAUUUUUUUAUUUAUAUUAUUUGAGAAUUUGGUCCGGGAUCGUUGAUCCGAUUCAGAUCGGAGCGGAUCGGAGGUGAAACAGAAAUGGCGGCAUCGAGGAGGCUCCGGGACCUGCAAUCGCAGCCGGGGAACAAGAUCUGCGUGGACUGCUCGCAGAAGAAUCCGCAAUGGGCUUCGGUCUCCUACGGCGUCUUCAUGUGCCUAGAGUGCUCCGGCAAGCACCGUGGCCUCGGCGUCCACAUCUCCUUCGUCCGAUCCGUGACUAUGGACUCCUGGUCCGAGAUCCAGAUCAAGAAGAUGGAGUCCGGCGGCAACGAGCGCCUCAACGCCUUCCUCGCCGGCUACGGCGUUUCGAAAGAGACCGAUAUCGUCACCAAGUACAACACCAACGCUGCCAGCGUGUACCGGGAUCGGAUUCAAGCCUUAGCCGAGGGCCGGCCCUGGCGGGACCCCCCGGUCGUGAAGGAGAGCGGCGGGUUCGGGAAGACGAAGCCGCCUCUGGCUCACGGAGGUGGAGGUAGCAGGGGAGGCGGCGGCGGCGGCGGCGGAGGCGGUUGGGAUAAUUGGGACGACGACGGGUUCAGAUCGAAUGAUAUAAGGCGGAAUCAGUCCGCCGGCGAUGUUAGAGGGUAUGGAAACGGCGGAGGGAUGCCGUCCAGGUCGAGAUCGACGGAGGACAUCACGCGGUCGCAAUUCGAGGCUUCCGCGGCGAACAAGGAGAGCUUUUUCGCCAGGAAGAUGGCGGAGAAUGAGUCCAGGCCCGACGGGCUCCCGCCAUCUAAAGGUGGCAAGUAUGUCGGGUUCGGGUCAAGCCCGGCACCGUCACAGAAUAGUUAUAAUAACAAUUCGCAAGGAGAUGUGCUAUCUGUUGUGUCUCAGGGAAUCGGUAGGCUUUCUUUGGUUGCUGCAUCUGCAGCUCAAUCAGCUGCAACUGUUGUACAGGCAGGCACUAAAGAGAUCACCUCUAAGGUGAAAGAUGGUGGCUAUGACUACAAGGUGAAUGAAACCGUUAAUGUCGUUACUGCAAAGACUUCAGAGAUAGGACAAAGAACUUGGGGGAUUAUGAAAGGUGUCAUGGCAAUGGCAUCCCAGAAGGUUGAAGAGUUAUCUAAAGAAGGAAACUGGAAGACUGACAACUGGCAACGAGAUGAUAGUGAGCAAAAUGGAUAUUAUCAAGACUUCAAUAAACAAGAGACAGGAUGGAAUUCUUCUUCUGGACGGGGACAGUCCUCGUCAAGCGAACAUAUUAACUCUUAUAACUCAAAUUCAUGGGAUGAUUGGGACACCAAAGACAAUAGGAAGGAAGUCUCUACAAAGGGUACAGGGGGUUCCAAUAGUAGUGAUGGUUGGGCUGGCUGGGAUGAUGGCAAAGAUGAUGGAUUUGAUAGUGGCUACCAGAGUGCACCUACGAAAGGUGUCGGUCACAAUGGGAAAUCUGAUUCAACGUGGACUGGUGGAGGCUUUGACUAAGAAUUGACAUGGUCUCAGCAAAUUCCUGAUUUACCUGUAAUCAGAGACAAUGAGCGUUUAAAGAUGGCUGCCGAUGGUGAUGCUAAAGAUGAUGGAUGUGAAAUCUGUUAGCAGGCUGACUGAUUAGUUGGUGAUCGAAACUGGAAUUUGGAUCCACUAUAGAAAAGACAUUUUUCUUGAGGUUAGUAUAUUUUGAUCAACUGUUAUUUUUCUUUUCUUCCAAAGAUUUUAUGUAACUUUAUUGGGGAUAUUUGUUGUUUCCAAGUUGUUUAUACUAUGUACAAUUGUGCACAAGAAGGGUUGAUUACCCGAUUCAAAUGAGGAUCCAAAAUAUUUGUGAAGUUUGAGAAAUGGAAUUUCUUUUGAUUUGUAAUGGUACUAGUUUAUCGAAUAAAUUUGUUUCAUUAUGUCU